AACUUGCGAGGAAUCGCGAAUUCGCUCCUCAAUCCGCCUCCUCGGCGCGGCGUCACUCCCGCGCUCCGGCGACGGCGGAGGCGGAGCGGUCCCUGGCAGCCGUCUCCGCGGUGUGGGGAGAUGGGAGUGCACGGGCUGUGGGAGCUGCUGGCUCCCGUGGGGCGCCGCGUGUCGGUGGAGACCUUGGCGGGGAAGCGGCUCGCGGUGGACGCGAGCAUCUGGAUGGUGCAGUUCAUGCGGGCGAUACGGGACGACAAGGGCGACAUGAUCCGCGACGCCCACCUCCUCGGGUUCCUCCGCCGCAUCUGCAAGCUCCUCUUCCUCCGAGCGCGCCCGGUCUUCGUCUUCGAUGGCGCCACCCCGGCCCUCAAGCGGCGCACCCUCGCCGCCCGCCGCCGCCACCGUGAUGCCGCCCAGGCCAAGGUCCGGAAGACCGCCGAGAAGCUUCUGCUCUCCCACCUCAAGGCUAGGAAGCUUGAAGAAUUGGCAGCACAAAUUAAAAGUGAUAGGGCUAAGCAUGACAACAAAGACAAGCAAGUUGAGAGCAGUAAAAUGGAAGAAAUUGAGAAAACAAAUGAAGAUCAAAACAAAAAUGGUGAUGGCGAAAACAGUGGGGCAACUGUCACACCAAUUGACCAGGAGAAGCUGGAUGAACUGCUGGCCGCAUCACUUGCUGCAGAGGAAGAGGCAGAUCUGACUACCAAAGGAAAACAGUAUACUGCAAGCGCUCCAUUGCGAGAAGGGGCUGACAUUGAUGAGGACAAUGAUGAAGACGAUGAAGAAAUGAUCUUUCCUAUGACCACGGGUGACAUUGAUCCUGCAGUAUUAGCUUCACUCCCUCCAUCGAUGCAGCUGGAUCUUCUUGUCCAGAUGAGGGAGAGAGUGAUGGCUGAAAACAGGCAAAAGUACCAGAAGAUAAAAAAGGAACCGGCAAAAUUCUCAGAGCUUCAGAUACAGUCAUACCUGAAAACUGUUGCUUUCCGCCGAGAUAUAGAUGAAGUUCAGAGGUGUGCUGCAGGGAAGGGUGUUGGGGGAGUCCAAACAUCAAAAAUAGCAUCAGAAGCUAACAGAGAGUUCAUUUUCUCAUCGUCAUUCACUGGUGAUAAACAGACAUUGGCACAAAGAGGUGGAAAGGAGCAUACUGUUGAUAGCAUUAAGUCAAAGAGGGAAAUCAAUCCUGCUUUCUUCAAAUCCAAUCCCACUAGUAGUUCUGGAUCAACUAAGCCUAGCAACAGUGAACGUUUGGGGAGUUUUGGACCUGAUGUUGAGACAUAUCGUGAUGAGAGAGGAAGGAUUAGAGUAAGUAGGGUCAGAGCAAUGGGAAUUCGUAUGACUCGUGAUAUCCAAAGGAAUUUGGAUUUCAUCAAAGAGCAUGAGCAGGUCAGAAACAGGGGACAUAAUAACGCUGUAGUUGAAGGAUCAGCUAACAAUGAAGACCCUCCAGAUUUCCCGGAACACCUUUUUGAAAGUAAUGGGUUGCGGAGUUCUCUUCAUCUCAAUGAAGAUUUUGAUGAAACUGCUACUGAUAACUAUCACACAUCAUCACUAGUAGGACAGGACAUAAUUUCUGAGGGUACUUCUGUGGGAAGCAAGGAAACAAUAGAGAUAUCCUUUGUUGAUGAUCAAACAGAAGUGAAUGACAAUGAUGAACAAAUUUUCUUGCAUUUAGUUUCUGGAACUUCAUCCAACUUAUUCACUACAGAUGACAUUUUUCCUAAAAGUACAGAACAGAUGGAUGGCUCUGCUUGCAUUUCAAAAGAACUACUUGAAGAUGAAACACUUCCUUUGCAAAUUGGUGAGAAGGAUCAUCAAACUUCACUGCUGGAUGAUUGUGGUACUGAUGAUGAGAUAGAGUGGGAGGAAGGUGGUUGUGAUGUUCCUGGAGGUCCUUCUAGUAAUGAAACUAAUCAACCUAAAUUACCAAAAGGAGAUUUAGAAGAAGAUGCCCUUGUUCAGGAAGCUAUAAGGAGAAGUUUAGAGGAUUUUGAGGGGCAAGAACCUGAAAAUGUAACCCCUAAAGAUUUGCAAGCAUCUUUUGAAGAUAAACUUGUGGAGUCUUAUGAUGAUGUUCCCGAGCCAGCUAGUGCUGCAGUAAAUACAGCUGAUAAAAUUGGAAAGGAAAUAAAUUCUGAUGAGAAUGAUAUAGUGCAUGGAUUGCUUGUAGUUGAUGGACAAGAAAAUGAGAAUCAGACGCAGCUAGAGAAUAAUGAUGGGUGGGUCAAUAAUAACAGCGCUUACUUGUCGGAUCCUCUCCCUUCAUGUAAUAUGACCAUCAGUACUGCCGCUACAAAAUCACCAGAUAGCUCAGAAGUUCAGCACCAUAGUUCAGUGUUACAUACAACCAGAACUCCCGAGUGGUCUAAGAAUGAUAGUGAUAAAGUUAUCACACAAAACAGUUCGAUUACUGAUAAAUCAAAAUGCAAAACAAAUAAUUCUUGCAUUGGAGAAUCCUCAAGGUCACCCCAAAAGGACAUUUUGAUAGAUGAACUGGUUGUUGACACUGCCAUACAAAACCAAAAUGCUAACCAGGGAGCUAUGGACUUCUCUACGUCUGAGAUGUACUAUACAAAAUUGAACGAUAAUGCUGGUAUCAACAGUGUAUCAACUGCUAAUCUGGAAGAGGAAUUAUCAAUUCUGAGACAAGAACAAGUAUAUCUUGGAAAUGAAAGGCGAAAGCUUGAAAGCCAUGCAGAGUCUGUCAGCAGCGAGAUGUUUGCUGAAUGCCAGGAUUUGCUCCAAAUGUUUGGCUUGCCGUAUAUUAUUGCACCUAUGGAAGCUGAAGCUCAGUGUGCAUACAUGGAAAUGACUAACCUUGUCGAUGGAGUUGUUACUGAUGAUUCAGAUGUCUUCCUGUUUGGUGCAAGGAAUGUUUAUAAGAACAUAUUUGAUGAUAGAAAAUAUGUGGAAACAUACUUAAUGAAGGACAUUGAAUCUGAGCUUGGUCUAACAAGAGAACAAUUAAUACGCAUGGCUUUGCUUCUUGGGAGUGAUUACACUGAAGGAAUUAGUGGUAUUGGCAUCGUGAAUGCUAUUGAAGUUGCACAUGCAUUUCCUGAGGAAGAUGGACUCCAGAAGUUCAGAGAAUGGGUUGAAUCACCAGAUCUAACUCUACUGGGGAAACUUGGUAUGGAAAGUGGUAGCAGCUCAAAGAAAAGAAAGUCUGAGGGAAAUCAUUCAGAUGGUAAGGGAAGUAGCUUGGGACCUCAAUGCAUUGAAGGUUCUGAUGACAACCAAUCUUCUAAUGAAAUUGAACGCAUCAAGGAAAUAUUUAUGAGUAAGCAUAGGAAUGUGAGCAAGAACUGGCAUAUUCCUUCAAAUUUUCCUAGUGAAUCAGUCAUAAAUGCAUACAUAUCUCCACAAGUUGAUGAUUCAACAGAACCUUUUUCCUGGGGAAGACCAGAUUCAGGCUUACUACGCAAGUUAUGUUGGGAAAGGUUUGGAUGGAGCAAGGAAAAAGCUGAUGAACUUCUAAUUCCUGUUUUGAGAGAGUAUAACAAGCACGAGACUCAGCUACGUAUGGAGUCAUUUUAUUCAUUCAACGAGAGAUUUGCAAAAAUUCGUAGCAAGAGGAUUAAGAAAGCUAUCAAGGGUAUUACAGGGAAGAGCUUUUCAGAAACGGAUGAAGUUGAUCAGGACAGUCCCAGUACUAGUAAUGCCAACAAGAAUAAAGAGAGAAGCUCCUCAGGUCAUGCUAGGGCUAAAGGGCAGAAAACCAAAGAUGGUGGGCCUGGAAACAUGGGAAGUCAAGAUCAUAAAAUCACCAAUAGUUUUGCAGAUGCAGAUGAACAUACUACACAUAAAAGAACUGCCGGAAAGAAAAAGAUUGGAAACCCCUCUAGCCGUUCUAGAGGCAAAGGACGAAGAAGAAUGGAUGAUGCUCAUGUGGUUGGUGGAAGUCAGGAAGGUUCUGAAGUCUCUAAUUUAGCAUCUGAUGAGGUUUCUCAUAUUAGAUAUACCAACAACUACGAAACAGAGGGAUUAGCGAUGCGCAGAUCAAAUAGGAAGCGUAAGCAGGUCAUGUACGCGGAAGAUGGCCAGGAAGCUGACGACAAUGAUGUUUCCAUGCAUCAAAUCGAUGAAAAUCAAAGGCAAGGCUCUUUGAACGAAGAUAUGGAUCACAUGGAUGGACAUGACGCACUAUCUAAUCUGCUCCAUCAGGAUACGAGUGAAUUAGGAAGCGAUCAAAUGCAUUCAGGUCCCUCUGGUAUGAACGAAGAUCCCUCAAGGUUUGAGUUAAGAGAGGAUUCCCCGAUGGACUCCGCACCAAAAGACUAUCUUUUCACUGGAGGUGGAUUCUGCAUGGAAGAGGGUGACGAGCAAGAUAUGGCAGUCGAUCAAUCUGGUGGAGAAAUGGAGCAUGGAACAAGGGAUGCCUGUGAGGGUAUUGACGAGGUUUCAGGUGGUGGUAGAACCGCGAGCUAUUCGACGACUGGAGAGUUCACAGGGAAUGCAGAUACGGAGGUCCCAGGUGCGCCUUCGUCGCAGGGACGUAAUGCAAACCGUGGCUCAGGUACCAUGCCGAAGCCUACAACUACAAAGCGUAGAAGGAAAUCGUGAGACAUUUGCAAUACAUCAUGCCCCUUUUGUUCGACUGAGCACGGUGAUUCUAGUGUUUGUUCGGCAACCAGUGAGUUGCGACUUUAUACUUGUAGCCAUGUAGGUCAGUCUGGGUGAACAAGAUGCAUGUCUGCAGACCGUUUAAGCAUUUCCGGUUUGUGCCCAUUGUUUUUCUUGUAAGAUGGUUAAAUUGAUUAUCGUAUAGAGUAAAAAACAAAUGUUUAUCGUA